AUGCCUGACAAAGCCAAGAGUGACAAUACAAAGUCAGCAGGUAAGACUGAGCUCAAAGACAAAUCUGCUGUUGAUAAGCCUCAGGAGCUACCCGACAUUAUUCCCAAGAUGGAGACUUCGGUCCGCAAAAGCACAGAAAAAGAAAGACCCAAGGAAAAGAAAGGAAGCUCCAGCAGAGCAUCUAAAAAAAGAACCCAGCGCGAAUCCAACAACCACCACAGAGACUUCAGCCAACUCAUCAAAAUCUCCCAAUCCAAAAACCUCCUCCAGAUCCAAACGAUCAGCUUCCAAAAAAGAAAAUCCAGGUCGAAGUCUUCUGAAAGAAAAUCACACAAGUCCAGGACGAGGAGCAAACGCUCAAAAUCAAAGUCACCAAAGAAGAAAAGGUCGAGGUCUCGUUCGCAGGGCCGAAGGAAGAAAUCCCGAACUCCUGACAGAAGUAGACGCUCCAAAUCGAGAAAGAGGUCGCGCUCGCGUUCGAGGAGGAGAUCCCGGUCGGGUUCGAGAUGGAGAAGAGGAUUCGGAAGUCUGAGUCAGAGGGACCGAUGGAAACGGGAGCCCAGCCGGUCUCCGGUGCUCAUUCUCCGGAAGAAAAGAUCCACAUCCAGAACUCGACGGAGCACCAGCAAGACUCCUCCACGACUUACAGAACUUGAUAAGGAUCAGUUGCUGGAAAUAGCGAAGGCUAACGCUGCUGCCAUGUGUGCCAAAGCUGGUGUACCCAUCCCGGACAGUCUCAGACCCAGAGCUAUUCUUCAGCUGCCCUUGCCAAACGCAAACUCCCGC